AUGGGCAGUGCCUUGGAGCACCAGCGGCCGGCGGAGCAAGCCUCGGGACAACCCCGGGCAGGCGGGCUGGAGACUAAGCGAUCAGACCCGCUGAGGGGAGGAGCGGGAGGAGGAGCAGGAGCAGGAGGAGGGGACGGAGGAGGCCGGGCCCUGAGGGGGUGCGCGUUGGGCAGAGGAGGAUCGCGAGCGCCCACUGCUGCCCGGCCCGCCCUGGUGCUGCCCGGAGUUGGGUCGGGUCGUUGCCGGGCUGGCUACUCAGAGCUCCCGCCAGCGGGGCAGGACUCUGGACUCUCGCUGACAGGUGUGACCUGCUCGGGCAUGAAGGGAACUCUCCACACUUCCUCUUUCAGCACCAUGGCCCCCAAAGACAUCCCAAUAUCCAGAACCUAUUCUCCCUGGCUAGCAAUGGAGAAGCCACGCGUGUUGUGAGCUGCCCUGUGGAGGAUGUCACAUGGCAUAGAACUGAGAGUAGCUUGUGACAGUCAGCAAGAAACUGAGGUCUUCUGUCCCACAGCCUGGAUGGAAUGGAUGCUGCCAACAGUCACGUGACCCUGGAGGAGGAUCUUUUUGAGACUUGCAGUGAGAUUGUAGCCCUGGCCAACACCUCGAUCGCAGCUUUUAGAUGAAGCUCUGAAGUGGAGAAUCUAGCAAAGAAAAGCCUGGACCCCUGAGCCAUAGAAACUGUGUUAUAAUAAAUAUAUGUUGUUCUGUG